AAUAUAUUGGUAACACUGACACGUAGUUUGCGGUAAAUAAAUAUUAUUAUCUACAAUAAAACAAAUUGUAUUAUUGAUUAUAGACAAAUUCAAACAGAAUAUCAUUAAAAUGAAUCCAACAGAACCUACUAGUACGGAAACUUUGAGUUCCAAAAUGAAAGAUGUUAUUGAUGUAUUAGCCAUGCAACGGGAGAAGAGGAAUACUUUGCAAAAGAGUAUCACAAUUGAUUACACAAAAAACAGCGACAGUUUUACAAUUUCACGAUUUAUAUUUGAAUGUGGUUUAAAAUUAGAAGCUCAUCCUUUGACUAUUGCUACAGCUGCAACAUUGUAUCAUAGGUUUAUAAAAGAAGCUGUUCCAGGAGGUUACGACAAUUGUUUAAUUGCUGCUACUUGUCUUUACUUAGCAGGGAAAGUAAAAGAUGAUAAUUUGAAAAUAAGAGAUGUAAUGAAUGUGUCUUAUAGCACAUUACAUAGAGGAUCACAACCAUUAGAGUUAGGUGAUCAAUAUUGGAGUAUGAGAGAUGCAAUUGUCCAAGCAGAACUGUUAAUUAUGCGUAUGCUCAAGUUUCAAGUAACUCCUGUACAUCCACACAAAUAUAUGUUGCAUUAUUUACGAUCUCUGCAAGCAUGGUUUGGGGAGGAAGAAUGGUCUAAAUAUCCAGUUGCAAAGACUAGCAUGGCACUUUUACAAGAUUUUCAUCAUUCUCCAGCUAUACUUGAUUAUCCACCAAACUUAAUAGCAAUUGCUUGUAUCAAUUUAUCGUUACAAAUUUAUGGUGUAGUGGUGCCAUUGAUGGAUGAAUGUGACCAGCAACCUUGGUUUAAUGUUUUCUGUAAAGAUUUGACAAGAGAUAAACUUUGGGAAAUAAUGGAGAAAGUUAUGGCAGCAUAUGAUGAAGAACCAGAAACUAGAGACAAUUAAAUCAUUUCAGCAUUAUUUCAAGCUUAUUGUAUAUUAACACAAGUCUCUUAAAUAUGGUAUUGGAAGAGUACAAAUAUAAAUCAGGAUCAUAAAAUAAAAUAUUUCCUACUUU